AUGAAAUUUAUUGUUCUUGGGGAAAGUGGAGUUGGUAAAACUUCGCUUAUUGCUCAAUACGUUGAUAAUUUAUUCACCCCUGUUUUUGUUUCAACUGUUGGAGUAGAUUUUAAAAAGAAAGAAUUUAUUGUUGAUGGUACUCAUAUAGUCUCUCAAAUUUGGGAUACUGCAGGUCAAGAAAGAUUUAGAACUAUAAUACCUCAACAUUAUAGAGGUGUUUGUGGUGUUAUUUUUGUUGUUGAUGUUACUUUAAGAACAUCAUUUGAACAAAUUAGUUUUUGGAUUAAUGACUUAAAAACAAAAUCAGAUUCUAAAUAUUCUGCUAUUCUUUGUGGUAAUAAAAUUGAUUCAGAAAAUCGUACUGUCACUACUGAUGAAAUGAAACAACUUGCUGAUAAAAAUGAUUUACUUUUUAUAGAAACUUCAGCCAAAACUAAUACGAAUGUUACUGAUCUUUUUACUACAUUGGCUAGAGAUGUGUUAGUCAAGCAACCAGAAAUCGUUAACAAACCACCUCCUGCAAAAGCACCAGUGAGAGUUCAUCAGUCUUCAAAUUCUAAUUCUCCAACAGCAUCUCAAGGUGGGUGUUGUUAA